AGCCUCUGGGGAAGGGGAAGGGGCCGUUUGGGAGAGGGCGUGGCCUCGCGGCAACGGCGGCUCGACGUGCUCGGCGCUCUCUCCGGGCCUGCUCGGCGCUCGGCCGCCCGGCCUGCGUAGAGCGCGUAUCGCUUUCCGAGGCUUGGGGGCAGUUACCAUCAUGUCUACCGCCAUGAACUUCGGGACCAAGAGCUUCCAGCCGCGACCCCCGGACAAGGGCAGCUUCCCGCUGGACCACUUCGGUGAAUGCACGCGCUUCAAGGAGAAGUUCCUGAAGUGUCUCCGUGAAAACAAUUUCGAAAACGGUUUGUGCAGAUACGAAUCAAAAGAGUACUUGGAAUGCAGGAUGGAGAGGCAACUGAUGGUACAAGAGCCCCUGGAAAAACUGGGGUUUGGAGACUUGAUGGAUGGAAAAGCGGGCAAGUGAUAAAUUUCAGUGGGAGGAUCGCCGGCUGGUCAUCUGGCACAGAGUGGUAGCCCUCGCCUGUCACCCUGAUGUCGAUCCCAAGGUGGCGUGACUGAGAAAGGGGUGUCCGGGCACCCCUGAAGCACCGUGAUGGGCUCAGCCCAUGGCAGGGAAGGGGCUCAACCUCAGAGCCUGCCAGGUUCCUUGGGAAUUUUUCUUCCAUUUAGACUCUCCUCUCCCCCAAGAGUGUCCAGUUCUGUCUUUAAAGGCCUGUGUGAUGGAGUUCCUGGGAGGCCCAUGUGGGCUGAGGGGGUCUCACCAGUGCAGCCCUCCCCCGGGGCCCCGGUGUGGAGACUCCAUCUCAGGGCACCAACGUGUGAAUGUGGUCGUGCUGCAUGUGUGUGAAUUUCAGAAAACUGUCCCUAGCAAAGUGGUUUCUUUUUUUUAAUAAAAAUGAAAAGGCAGAAUCCAGGAAUAUCUGUAGUAUGUUAGAAAGAGAUGUAAAAAACUAGGUGUACCUGUGUAUUUGAACAAAAAAGAAAUUCAGGAAAAAGACAGGCUAGAAACUAAUGAGAAUGGUCACCAUCCCGUAGUUUAGUUCUGACCGAACCACAUUCAGCUUCCAUGCACUCAGAGAUGGGCCAGGCCAUGGCGGGCCCCAAGCGAGUGCCGGCCCAGGGCGCCUGUGUUGCCUGUGACCACUGGGCGGGGCUGGAGGCAGAGGGAAUGGUGGUGUCACUAAAGCAACAGCCAGAAAAGCAGGGUUCCAUCUCCAGGAGUCAGUUUGCUGUUCGAGUGGAGAGUUCCGGAACUGUGGUCCCAGGGCGAAAAGACUAGUAAUGCAGUAGGUGAGAGCCAGGCGUGUCAGAGUCCUGGUUUGCUGGCACACACACUUGCUAGAUACAGAAACAGGCAUGUGUGCAUGCACAUGCAUGUGUAUACAUGUGCUGUGUGUCGUGUGUGCCUGUGUGCCAACAUUAUAGCUCUGAGCACGGAGGGGCCUGGAAGCAGCCGGGCCCAGCGGCGAGUUGCAGCGCCCUGGACAGGACUCCUUGAAGCGGUGCCGGCUGCAGGCCCGGAAAGUGCGUGAGGAUCGUGGACCAUCUGGUGUCAGAAGGGAGGAGCUGCUGAAGAAACGAUGGGGGUCGUCCAAGGACUCAGGAGGCCACGCGGAGAGCGGUGGUCGAGGGCGGGGCCUGGUUUGAGCAACAACAUUGAUACUGUAGUGGGUUGUGGUCCUGGCUGGUGUGGUUCAGUGGAUUAAGCACUGGCCUGUGAACUAAAGGGUUGCUGGUUCAAUUCCCAGUCAGGGCACAGGCCUGGGUUGCUGGCCAGGUCGUGAGAGGCAACCACACACUGAUGUUUCUGUCCUUCUCUUUCUCCCUUCCCCUGUUUGUAAAAAUAAAUGAAUAAGAUUUUUAAAAAGAAA